AUGACCGAUCGUCGCUGGGUCGCUAUUACGGACAUUGCCGGACCGAUUGGGUUCACAAUGUCAAUUUUUUCGAACUCGGUGCUGUUAUCGUUGAUAUUCUCAAGCAGCUCUCCAAUUAAAGGAGCUUACAAAAAUAUGUUGAUAGUGUUGUGUAUAUUCACUAUGUUCUACUCUUUUGUUGAAAUAAUGCUUCAACCGUUGAUUCAUAUUUAUGAUGACACGCUGUUCUUGAUCCACCGGAAAAGAUUUGACCUGUCUAAAGGAAUUACACGUUUGAUACCUACAACAUAUUGUUGGUGUUAUGCAAUGAGUUUCUCAUUAUUCGCCCUCCAGUUUUUGUACAGAUAUGUGGCAGUUUGCAAACCUCACUUAGUUGUUUUUUUUACUGGAUGCUAUUUCUAUUAUUGGUUGGCACUCAUCUUAUCACUUGCUACAAGUUGGGGGCUUACUGCAGCUUUUAUGUUCCCGCAAACCAAUCGAACAACUGAAAGCUUCAACUACGUAAUAAAAACUUCUUAUGACUUAGAUCCUUAUUGGACGGAUUAUGUUGCCUAUAAAUAUUUUGACACCGAUGAGAAUCAUGUGAGAUGGGUGAAUGUUCUUAGUUUAUUUGGAGUCUUGCAGCACGGAUUAGUAAUUACGUUGAGUUUUGGAACCUUAUUCUACUGUGGAAUUAAAACUUAUCUCAGCAUUACUGAACAUGUUGGAAUGUCCAGCAAGACCCGAAGUCUUCAACUUCAACUAUUCCGUGCUUUAGUUGCUCAGACAUGUCUUCCAAUGCUCAUGAUGUACAUGCCAAUAGGAUUCAUGUUUUCUUGCCCUUACUUUGAUUUGCAACUUGGAGCAGUCACAAACUAUCAAACCGUCAUGGCACAGUUAUACCCAGGAAUCGACCCAUUUAUGUUGCUAUUUCUUAUUAACGCCUACAGAAAGACAGUGUUAAGCUUGAUCUGUCCUAAUUUUAUCCAGAAAAAAUAUGUUCAAACGGCAACUACUCGUGAUGGCACAGAUGCCUCGGCAACAAUGAAUUCUGUUAAAUCUACACAGUUAUAA